AUGAACUGCUAUCACAUCCUGAGACUAUUCCUGUCCUCACAGCAGAUUGGCUAUGCUCUUAAUACUGCAAAUGAAAGUGGCACUGAUAAUAGGAAAUAUUGUAAAGCGAGUAUGUACAAGAGUGAAAUAAUGAGCUUUUGUCAUCCAUAUGCAUAUUCACCAAUACUUGCUCUAUUCAGCCUUCCAAGUGCAAUAUCUGUCCCAUCAAUUUCCCUGCUAUCAGAUGUGAUUGCAGCCAUGCCCAUUCAACAGGCUAAUUGUCCCAUGUCAGACAUGUUGCUUCCAACUGCCUAUCAACAUAAUGUGGAAUUAAAAUGCAGGCUGAAUCCAAGUAGUUUUACCCCAAGCACCAACCAUUUUGUACCCACAUUCCCCUGA